ACGUAGAAAAAGUUAUCAUUCUUUAGAGUGACUUUUAAAGGUCUUUCUGGCAACGAAACGGGAAAGGGAGUCGAUCUAGUUCUGGUUCUUUUACACUGAUUGAGUGUCAACUCAGCUCCAACUCCAGCUCCUUUAGGGGGGUGAUCUUUCCCAAGAAUGACGAUAAGGUCCUUCAUCAAUAGGGCUUCACGGACUCUCCAUAGCUUCCCUGCUUCCUCUAAGCUCCUCGUUCUCUGCACUCUCAGUGGUGGAGGCUAUGUAGCGUAUUCAGAUUCCCAGUCCAAUGUUGGCUCAUCCAGUGUUGAUAUUAAUCAGAAGGAAGGCAAGAAGAAGAGAGUGGUGGUACUUGGAACAGGAUGGGCAGGGACUAGUUUCCUUAAAGAUUUGGAUAUUUCGUCAUAUGAUGUUCAAGUUGUUUCCCCCCGGAAUUAUUUUGCUUUCACCCCUUUGUUACCUAGCGUCACUUGUGGUACAGUUGAAGCAAGGAGCAUUGUGGAGCCAGUCCGAAAUAUUAUAAAGAAGAGAAAUGGUGAAAUUCAAUUUUGGGAGGCAGAGUGUCUCAAAAUUGACGCUGCAAACAAAAAGGUUUUCUGUAGGUCUAAUAUUGAAAACAACUUGGUGGGAAAAAAUGAAUUUUCCUUGGAAUAUGACUACUUGGUCAUAGCAGUAGGAGCACAAGUGAAUACUUUCAACACCCCUGGUGUACAGGAGAACUGCCAUUUUCUAAAGGAAGUGGAGGAUGCUCAGGUGAUCCGUAGAAGUGUCAUAGAUUGUUUUGAAAAGGCUGUUCUGCCAGACCUAAGUGAAGAAGAACGGAGGACAAAUCUUCAUUUCAUAAUUGUCGGAGGGGGCCCUACAGGUGUGGAAUUUGCCGCGGAGCUGCAUGACUUUAUCCAGGAAGAUUUAGUGAAGAUAUAUCCAGCACUUAAAGAGCUAGUGAAAAUAACAUUAAUUCAAUCAGGAGAUCAUAUUUUGAACAUGUUUGAUGAUAGAAUCAGUUCAUUUGCUGAACAGAAGUUUAGUAGAGAUGGAAUUGAGGUUCAAACAGGAUGCCGAGUUGUAAGUGUUUCCGAUAAGGAAAUUAGCAUGAAAGUCAAAUCUAAGGGAGAGGUUUGCUCUGUACCCCACGGAUUGGUUGUCUGGUCUACUGGUGUUGGAACCCGCCCAGUUAUGAGGGACUUCAUGGAACAAAUUGGCCAGGGUAAUAGACGUGUUCUAGCAACAGACGAAUGGUUGCGGGUCAAGGGAUGUGAUCAGGUGUAUGCCCUAGGUGAUUGUGCCACAAUAGAUCAACGUAAGAUCAUGGAAGACAUCUCAACCAUCUUUAGGGAUGCAGACAAGGACAACUCCGGUACCUUGACUAUCCUAGAAUUCAAAGAUGUGAUAGAUGAUAUCAUUGAAAGAUAUCCUCAGGUGGAUGUCUUUUUAAAUAAAAUGCAUCUGAGUGAUGUGGCAGAUCUGUUGAAAGAUCCUCAGGGUAAUUACAGAGAGGAAGUGGAUAUUGAAGAAUUUAAGUUAGCCCUUUCUCAUGUUGAUUCACAGAUGACGAGUCUGCCUGCAACUGCUCAGGUUGCUGCUCAACAAGGUACAUAUCUCUCAAGGUGCUUUAACCGUAGAGAGCAGUGUGAAGGUCUACCCGAAGGUCCUCGACGUUUUAGAAGUGGCGGGCGCCAUCAAUUUCGUCCAUUUAGGUACAAGCAUUUUGGGCAAUUCGCACCUUUAGGAGGAGAUCAAACAGCUGCCGAAUUGCCUGGAGACUGGGUUUCAAUGGGUCAAAGCACUCAGUGGCUCUGGUAUUCUGUGUAUGCAAGUAAGCAAGUGAGCUGGCGCACAAGGAUGUUAGUGAUAUCUGAUUGGACUCGGAGAUACAUUUUUGGAAGAGAUUCAAGCCGUAUUUAAAGCUAGAAGUGAUGAAACCUUAUUGAAGUUAUAUUGAGCCACCAACAAAUCUUCUGUAGAUGCACUGCAGUGUUUUGCUUCUAUCGAGUAUAUAUACUUCUAUCCUUUUGUGUGAUAUUUCUUCCUCUUAUGUUGGGUUGGUGCUCUCUAAGUGAGAAAUGUUUUAUCUCCCGUUGUGCAUCAAUUCAUACAGUGUUUUAUUGUUAAAGCAUGCAUAGAUAUGGCUUCUGAAGCAUUCUGCUAUAUUUGUAAUAGCUCACACCUUGAUGAAUAGUCACUAGUUAUAUUGAUGAAAAAUCCUGGCUGGCUUGGACA